AUGGAGUCGAUUAAAGAGGAGAAAAAACAAACUUCGGGUCGUCAAAAGAUAGACAUAAAAAAAAUAGAAGACAAUGCAAAACUACAAGUUACAUUCAGCAAAAGAAAAGGUGGAUUGUUUAGAAAAGCCAGCGAAUUGUCAAUUGUAUGCGGUGUAGAUGUUGCGAUCAUAGUUUUUUCUCCUGCGGGAAAAGCCUUUGCUUGCGGGCAUCCAACACCAGAUCACAUAGUCGAUCGAUUUCUAAAUAAUGGUGAAGCUAGUGGCCGUUUGCCCAGAAUUCACGAAGGCGAUGAAUUGUCUUUGUGUCAACAACGGGAUAUGGAAAUUCAAAGAGAGCUAGAAGUUGAACAGGAGAAAAGAGGGCGUUUCCUGGAGAUGUUGAUGAAUUGUAACUCGGGCAGUAGUGAUGAGUCUUUGUGGGAUGCAUAUAUUGAUGGUUUGAGUUUGGCGGAACUGGAACAGAUGAGAAGUGAUAUGGAACGACUUACGAAAAUUGUUGAAAAGAGAUGCGAGGAGAGAGUGAGAAGUGAUGUAGAUUCUUUUUCAUGGUUGAUGACAGUGCCGGACUCGGAUGUGGAUGCAGUUGACGUCUUAGAUGGGAAGCUGAGCAAUGUUGCUUCUUCUUCAUCAGAAUCAUCACCGCCAGUCUGGGAUGCAUAUACAGUUGCGAAUGCUGAUAAUAGUUUUGACUUCAACUUGGACGGAAAACUGAGCAAUUAUGUAGCUUCUUCUUCAUCAUCGUCAAUGACGACGCCGGACUCAGAUGUGCGUGCAGUUGCUGCUGAUGAUUCAUCUAACUUCGUGUUAGAUGUUAAUCCAAUUACUGUCGAUGACCCAUUUGAAUUCUUAAACAUCGAUGUCCCCGACCUCCUUGAAAUUGAAUGGUGCUGA